UCCUUAUAUUUGAAGAUGGCUAUGGUUAAGAUUGUGAAACAAUUGGAAAAAAGGUUUAUAUUGCUGAUGUCUAAGGGAUGUAUUGAUGGAUGGAUGAGUCCGUUUUGGUUUUUCGAUGUUAAGCUAGAUCUUAAUCUUGAUUCUCCCCAUUGGGAUUUUUUUCUUUACCAUAUUCUUAUCUUAAAAAAGGUUAUUUCUGCUCUUAGUACAAUUGCUAUUUGUUUUCUUCCAUUAAGCUGUUUCUUACUCUUCUUUACUUUCCCAUUUGUAGGACCUGCAAGAUGUUACCGUCAGAUAAAAAAUAAGCCAUACCCAAAAUCACGUUACUGCCGUGGUGUGCCUGACUCUAAGAUCAGGAUUUAUGAUGUUGGCAUGAAGAGGAAGGGAGUUGAUGAGUUCCCAUUCUGUGUGCACUUGGUGUCCUGGGAGAAGGAGAAUGUCUCCAGUGAGGCUCUUGAGGCAGCACGUAUUGCUUGCAACAAAUACAUGGCCAAGUUUGCUGGAAAGGAUGCUUUCCAUUUGAGAGUCAGGGUUCAUCCAUUCCAUGUGUUGCGUAUCAACAAGAUGCUUUCAUGUGCUGGAGCUGAUAGGCUCCAAACUGGCAUGAGGGGUGCUUUCGGUAAACCACAGGGAACUUGUGCUAGAGUUGCAAUUGGACAGGUUCUUCUGUCUGUUCGCUGCAAGGACAGCAACAGUCACCAUGCUCAGGAGGCUCUUCGCCGUGCAAAAUUCAAGUUCCCUGGUCGCCAGAAGAUUAUUGUCAGCAGGAAGUGGGGCUUCACCAAGUUUAAUCGCAAUGAUUAUUUGAAGUUGAAGGCAGAAAACAAGAUUAUGUCAGAUGGUGUGAAUGCCAAGCUUCUUGGAUGCCAUGGACCCCUGGCCAACCGUCAGCCUGGAAGAGCUUUCUUACCUGCUACUGCUUAGAUCUUUUCAUUCCUGGAAGGAACUUUGUUCAUCUCUUAGCACCUGAGGAAUUUUUCCGUUACUCUUUUUUAGUAGUAUUGCAUCUCGUUGAACUGUUUGUUUAUUCCAAACUGUACCGAGGGUAUUGUAUGAAAUUUCGUGGUAUUAUGGUGUUUUUGCCACAGUUGAAUCGAUUUUGGUACAUCUUUUUU